AGAGAAUCGACAGGAGCAUCAGACCUAACAGUAGAGAGCAUAAUCACGGACGUGGUACCGGUGAUCAAAUUCAGAUAUAUGGCAACUCUUGAAGAUUCUUUCUACGCAGACCUUGACGAGUUAUCUGACAAUGAAGCAGAACUGGAUGCUAGAACAGAGGAGGAAGACAAUAUUGACAUGGAUGUCUUAGAAACCCUAAACUAUGAUGAUCUCUCGAGAGUUUCUAAGCUACUGGAAACUCAUAGAUACGCUGAUAUAAUGCAUAAACUGGAACAGGCUCUCGGGAAGGAUUCGGAUGGAGGAGCAGAGAUGGGAACUGUAUUGGAAAACAAGCUUAUCGUUGAUUGCAAUCAGCUCUCAGCUGAUAUCGAGAAUGAGAUUGUGAUCGUCCACAACUUUAUCAGCGACAAGUACAGACUUAAGUACCCAGAGCUUGAGUCGCUGGUACAUGACCCAAUAGAUUACGCCCUUACUGCUUUAACCACAAAAGGGAAACCACUUCCAGAUAGUAUCCUACGAAAGACGUUAGACGCUUGUGAUCACGCUAUUGAUCUUGAUUCGGCAAGGAAAAAGGUUCUUGAGUUUGUUGAAAGUAAGAUGGGAUCUAUCGCACCAAAUCUCUCUGCUAUUGUCGGGAGUGCUGUUGCAGCCAAGCUUAUGGGAACUGCUGGAGGUUUAUCGGCACUUGCAAACAUGCCUGCUUGUAAUGUUCUAGUUCUUGGCCACAACAGGAAGAACCGUGUCGGAUUCUCUACUGCAAUGUCACAGUCUCGUGCGGGUUAUUUGGAGCAGACAGAUAUUUUCCAAAGCACGCCUCCUGAACUUCGAAUGCGCGCUAGCAGGCUCUUGGCUUCAAAAUCGACUUUGGCAGCAAGAGUUGACGCUACUAGAGGAGAUCCAUCUGGAACAAAUGGGAAAGCUUUGAGGGAGGAAAUCCGCAAGAAUAUUGACAAGUGGCAAGAGCCUCCUCCUGCAAGGCAACCUAAGCCACUUCAUGUUCCUUAUUCUGUGCCUAAAAAGAGAAGGGGUGGUCGCCGUCUAAGAAAAAUGAAAGAAAGGUAUCAAGUGACAGACAUGAGAAAGUUGGCCAACAGGAUGGCGUUUGGUACACCCGAAGACAGCUCUCUUGGUGAUGGAUUAGGUAUCAGAUAUGGAUUGCUUGGUCAGGCUGGGAGCAAUAGGCUGCGUGUUUCGAGCAAGCUGAAAGUUAAUGCUAAGGUCGCCAAAAAGCGACAGUUCACAGGUGGUUCUACUACCUCUGGUUUGACGACAUCAAGUCUGGCUUUCUCUCUUGUGCAAGGAAUAGAGUUGUGCAAUCCUCAGGCAUUAGGAUUAGUGAGUGGGAUUCAAAGCACUUACUUCUCAGAGUCAGUAACUUUCUCCAAACUCAAGAAGAUUUAAACUUCCCACGUAGAAAGAAACAACUAGAACAGGACAUCUCCAAUGAACCUAUAUUUCUUCCAAAUUAAUGGAUACUAGAUUUUAAUAACGUUUUGACUUAUCAGUUUUACGUAAGUCCAAAACUGCAGAAUGUAUUCUCGGCAAUUGACGUCUCCUAAAAAAUUAAUGUACUCUGUUGUUGAAACAGCCUUCUGCUUCAUGUACAAUUGUUGUUGUAAUAAAGUUUCUGUGAUUGG